GUGAGCCAGCUUGGAAAUUGGCAUCCGAAAAGGACACGAGCCAGAGGAGGCGCACGUGGGAUCGCACCAGUGAUCACUGAGCACACCCGGAACCCAAAAUAUCAGAGGAGAGGGGGCCUCUCCUUCCUGGUCGCCACGACAGGAUAAACAUCCCCCAAAGCAGACCGCGACCAGGCACCAAACAACCGCAGCGAGGCAAACCAAACCGCUCCUCACUCUCCUCUAGCUCCCCAGCAGCAGCAGGAGCUCGCAAGCAAGCAAGGCAAGGCAGCGCACGGCGGCCAUGAGCGUGGUGAUCCUGGACGGCUCGACGGUGCGCGCCUUCGUGGCGGACGAGGCGGCGUUCGCGCGCAGCGUGGACGCGCGCUUCGCGGCGCUGGACGCCAACGGCGACGGCGUGCUGUCGCGCACCGAGCUCCGGCGCGCGCUCGAGUCGUUCCGCCUCCUCGACGGCGGCGGCUUCGGGUCCGCCGCGCCGGCGCCGCUCCCCGCCGAGGUCGCCGCGCUCUACGACGCCGUCUUUGAGCAGUUCGACGCCGACCACAGCGGCGCCGUCGACCGCGCCGAGUUCCGCGACGAGAUGCGCCGCAUCAUGCUCGCCGUCGCCGAGGGGCUUGGCUCGCAGCCGCUCCAAGUCGCCGUCGACGACGAGGGCGGCAGCUUCCUGCUCGAGGCCGCCGAGCACGAGGCCGCCGCGAUCGCCGCCAAGGUCGACGCCGAGCGCAAGGCCGAGGCCGACGCCGCCAAUAAGUGACGCGUGCCGCGUGGGGGCGGUGCCGGUGGGUGACCCGUAACCUUGUGCUCUGGCUCUGCGCUGCUCGCUGUACUGCUUCUAGAUGUUGGUGUGCUUGGACGUGUCAGCCGUUGCGCUGCUACACGUGUACGUUAACAGAAAACCGGCCGGCGGUGGCGCUCCUCCUCCUGCUGCUGCUGCUGGUGGGAAAUGAGAGUUUUAUUCUACUGUACUUUAGUAACUUGUGAACGGAAUAAAACGGCUUCCAAGUCUCGGAUGUAACUUGGCGGCAACUUUGUCCAUCAUUACCGCGUCUCUAAAAAAACAGUUACCGCGUCUCAAA